AUGAGGAGCGUGUUGCGGAUCGCGGCGGUGUUAUGGUGGCUUUGGCUGUGUUCCGACGUAAGUGUGGUCCGGAGCGGAUCUAGCGAUGGAAUUGGGAAAGUGAGAAGAGAUACUGAAGAUGCGAUCUCGUUGCUGGAAAAUCAACUGACUGCGAAAUCUCCAGCGCAGCUUCUCAUGGUUCCUCUCACCUUGAUUCAGGGAGCUGCCUCCAAAGGAGCUGUUUGCCUGGAUGGAACACUACCCGGUUAUCAUCUACACCCUGGUUCUGGUUCUGGUGCUAACCGCUGGCUCAUUCAACUCGAGGGUGGAGGAUGGUGCAACACUCGCCGGAGCUGUAUCUUCCGGAAAACCACUCGCCGUGGUUCGUCAAAAUACAUGGAGAAAGUUUUGGCCUUCACUGGGAUUUUGAGCAACAAAGCUGAUGAGAAUCCUGACUUCUUCAACUGGAACAGAGUUAAAUUGCGUUACUGUGAUGGUGCCUCUUUCACAGGCGAUAGUGCGGACGAGAGUUCACAACUUUACUACAGAGGACAACGAAUCUGGCAAGUAGCUAUGGAGGAACUGCUCUCUAAAGGCAUGCAAAAAGCAGAGCAGGCUCUACUUUCUGGAUGUUCAGCUGGAGGAUUAGCUUCGAUCCUCCACUGCGAUCAGUUUAAGGAACUCUUACCUGCUACUACCAAAGUGAAAUGCUUAAGUGAUGCUGGAAUGUUUAUGGAUGCCGUUGAUGUAUCUGGAGGCCACUCGCUCCGGAACAUGUUCAAAGGUGUUGUUACAGUACAGAACCUCCAAAAGGAUCUGUCCACUACUUGUACCAAGCAUCUGGAUCCAACUUCGUGCUUCUUUCCUCAGAAUUUGGUUUCAGAGAUCAAGACUCCAAUGUUUCUUCUAAAUGCAGCUUACGACGCUUGGCAGGUACAAGAGAGCUUAGCUCCUCCAUCUGCUGAUCCUGGUGGCUUUUGGAAAGCAUGCAAAGCAGAUCACUCGCAUUGUAAUUCAUCUCAAAUCCAAUUCUUCCAAGACUUCAGGACACAAAUGGUGGAUGCUGUAAAAUCCUUCUCGUCGUCUACACAUAACGGUGUCUUCAUUAACUCAUGCUUCGCGCACUGCCAAUCCGAAAGACAGGACACUUGGUUUGCGCCAGAUUCUCCUAAGCUUCACGGCAAGAGCGUUGCUGAAUCUGUUGGUGACUGGUACUUUGACAGAACAGCAGUCAAAGCCGUUGACUGUCCUUACCCUUGUGACAAAACAUGUCACAAUCUCAUCUUCAAGUGA